AUGGACGACUUUCCAUCCCACUGGAAAGCCACGCUUCUGGGUGAGGAUUUCUGGAAAGACGCAGAGCAGUACAACAGACCUGUCAACGACAGUAUUGAGGCUGAUCACAGCUUGACGCUUCACACGCGCUUCCCUUUCAACCUGGGACCAGAAGCGGGCCCUCGCGCAGCCAAAACCGAGGAAAUACCCCAGAAGCGUCGUCGUCGGUUUAGCAUGAGCGAUGCCCUUGGUUUGAGCACCAACAGUACCAACCCAGCGAGCUCUCUCCCCCCAGCUCGUUUCUUUGAUAUCGGGCGUGGAAGGUCUCGCUCGCGCUCGCGCUCGCCCAGUGUCGCCUCCGAGCGCCACACGAGCUCUGUUUGUCGUACGCCGUUCAAUAUGGCUAGUAGCAGGAAGAAUGAUAGUAUCGAGUGUAUCUUGGCGACGCCUGUUCCGCAUGAAUUGGGGACGCCGUCUAAGCCGCUGAUGUUUUUCCGUGGCGGGGUGUCGUGGACUUGUCUUGAUAAGAGUAUGACGACUUUGGGUCUUGAUUUGUUUUGGCCUGUGGAGAAGGAUAAACAGGAUGACGAUGAUGAGAAGGAUGUGCUUCCUAUUGAGGAGCUGAUGCCUCUUUGUCAGUUCCGUCGUCUGCGCGUCCUCAAGAUCACGGGUAUGAUGCAGUCGUACCAAAAGUACAUUUGGCAGGCUGUCUGGCUUAAUACGAACCUCGAGGAGCUCGAGCUUGGAAUGGCUCUCGAGCCUCGCAUUCGUCAGGGCUAUGCGGAGAACUGGCCGUUGAUCAAGGGUGGUUGGAAGCUGAACAAGAUUCACUACGGGGAGCCGGUUUACUUUGGCAACAUGGGCGACGGAAACCUCGACCGCAAGAUCGGCAUCGGCGAAUACCUCGACAAAACCGCGAUGGAGAAAGCCAAGAUCCGCGCGAUGGCCAUGGGCCGCACCCUCAAUCGCUUCUCGAUCAGGAAGCUCACGCUCACCGGCUUCGUCGUUGACGCUGACCCCUUCCUGCACUGGUUCGACCCGAAGCGGAUGCGCUGUAUCAACUUCAAGAACGACUGCGUCGAUGCCGGCUUCUACCUCUGCUUUCCCAUGAAGAAGGUUACGAUUCUUUACCCGCGUGAGGUUCUCGAGCGGCCUUUGCCGGUUCGCCGUGUCAAUCUGUUCAAGGAGCUCAAGGUGGUUGAGUUGAAGGGUGGUAAGAAGGUCGGCGAGAUACCGUACCGUGGACCGGAGAGUCUUCAGCAGGAGAUUGUCCCCAAGGGCAAGGAGAACCAGUCUGUGAAUACGGUUUCGGGGGAUGAUAUCCAUGCUGGGAUGGCGCGGUUCUCGUUCGAAUCGGGCAGCGACUCUCCUCGAAAGAUGGCCGGCAACACAACCAGUUCCAAAAAGGACAACGUCAAGAAAGACGAAGCUGAAUAUGAGACCGUCGGUGAAAGCAGUACCAACAAUGAGUCUGGUAUCAACGAAUGGGAGGCUAUUAUCGGACAGGCUUUUUGAGGUCUCGUGCUAGUAUAUCACUAACCUAUCCCCAAUGAAGAUGCUAUCUUUAACUGACAUUCGCAACCUGCUCAUACGCCAUUGACCCUUCAGCCUUAUAUACCAACUAACCAUGUUGACUCGGACAAACCUUUUGUCACAUUUGGUGUAGUUGGCCAGCUUUUGGGUCUUACUCUUUGGGUCUUGCUUGACAGGUGACACGUCUAUGGGAAGCACGGACCAGCCGGAUAAUUGUGGUGAUCAUUUGCUUUCAUCAAGCAUCUUUCAAAAGCUUUUAGCCAAUUCUAAUAAAAAAGGGGGCAAAAAAAAAAAAAA